AUGUUGCGCCGACCGAUCGUGGGCCGCCUCGCCGGCCAAGUGCAGGCGCGCUCCAAGGUGACCAAGGCGCCGGACCUCCAGGAGAAGGUCGUGAACCUCUGCCGCCACCGCGGCUUUGUGUAUCCCGGCUCGGACAUCUACGGCGGCCUCGCCAACAGCUUCGACUACGGCCCACUCGGCGUCCAGAUGAAGAAGAACAUCCAGGACGCGUGGUGGCGCCACUUUGUGCAGUCGCGCACGGACUGCGUCGGCCUCGACUCGUCCGUGAUCCUGAGCUCGCGCGUCUGGGAGGCGUCGGGGCACAUUGGCAACUUUACCGACCCCAUGACGGUCUGCAAGGAGUGCAACAGCCGCGUGCGCGCCGACAAGCUGAUCGAGAACGCGUCUGAUGUCACGGGCGUUGAGGAAGCCGGUGGCCUCUCGUGCGAGGCGAUGACGAGCUCAUUGCGACGCACAAGCUGA